CCCGGCAUUUAAGACUGUGUACUGAAGGUCAUUUGCGCCUCUGGCGUCUAGGACUUUGCGCUCCACUUAACUGAGAUGACUGAGGUUCAGUCAAAUACAGGGACGGAACAAAAGUAUGGAGGCGCUGAAGGAGCAGAUGCAAUGUAUGUAAAGCUCGUAUCAUCAGAUGACCAUGAAUUCUACGUUCGUCGGGAGCAUGCGCUCACAAGCGGCACCAUAAAAGCAAUGCUUUCAGGUCCAGGUCAAUUUCAAGAGAAUGAAACAAAUGUUGUACAUUUUCGUGAAAUACCAUCACAUGUAUUACAAAAAGUAUGCAGUUAUUUUGCUUACAAAGUACGUUAUACUAAUAGUUCCAGUGAAAUACCGGAAUUUCCUAUUGCUCCAGAAAUUUCACUGGAAUUAUUAAUGGCUGCUAAUUUCUUAGAUUGUUAAGUAUUAUUAUGUUAUUAUUAUCGUUCUUAAAAUUACUUUGAGUGAACUUUCAACUUGUACCGUUGUUUUGAUUUUUUUCUUUUCUUGUAAUUCCUAAUUGUUAUUAGUUUUUCUUCCAUACGCUUUAUUCAAUUCAAUGUUGAGUUUCGCAUUGUUUUUAUCCUAAUAACUAUAUCUUGGGAGAUCCCUCAUAUUAGCUUGAACAAACAAUAACACACCUUGAUUAUUCGACUUUUUUUCAGUCAGUUCUUUGCAUCAAUGUGUUUUCUACAGACAAUUAUACCGUGAUAAAAAUAAUAAUAAUAAUAACCAUUACUAUUACCU